CCCAGCCAUCUUCCCCGCUUCCGCAUCAUCGCUUUCACCAGGCAGAGCGAAUGAUUGUUUGUUUCCUGCUGGAAAAUCAGGAGAUCAUACAACAACAUUCAGUUGCACAGAGUCGUUGGCGGGAUUAAUCGUGGAGGCUGGCGGCCACAUCAGUUAUUCUAGAAAGUGCUCCUCCUAUUAUUACUUCAACGGCUGUCUUGCAUUGUAUCCUGGCGGGAAUCUCAUGCGCCGUGAUUCUUGAUAAAACCUCCCAAACAUGGCAACAGAGGUCGCUCCCCAUUUUGGGGCUGAGUUGAAGGACUCGUUCAAGCCGGUCAACAAUUGGACAACGAACGGAAUAUCAUGGCUGGAGGAAAUACAACAGUUCUACCGAGAAAGGAGUGCGAUCGAGAAGGAAUACUCGGCCAAGUUGAGCGGCCUGUGCAAAAAGUACCAUGAGCGCAAGGCCAAGAAAAUUAGCAGCCUCAGUGUGGGAGACACUCCUACGAUGACUCCGGGCUCCCUCGAAAGCGCCUCGUUGACGACAUGGACCACGCAAUUGACCGCCGUCGAAGCGCACGCAUCCGAGCGUGAGAAGUUUGCUACAGACCUCCUCGUUCAGGUUGCAGAACCGCUCAAGCAAUCGGCUGCACAGUACGAUGAAUUGCGAAAAUGCCAUGUGGAAUUCCAUGGGAAGCUGGAAAAGGAACGCGACGCCUCUUUCAGUGAUCUCAAGAAGGCAAAGGGCAAAUAUGACGGGGCGUGUCAGGAGGUCGAAGCGCGGCGGAAGAAGAUGGAAUCGUCCUUCGAUCACAGUAAGCCAAAGGCCCAGGCCGCAUAUCAGCAGCAAAUAUUGGAAAUGAACAAUGUCAAGAACACGUACCUCAUCAGUAUCAACGUCACGAAUAAGUUGAAAGAGAAAUUCUACCAUGAAUACGUACCGGAGCUACUAGAUGGGCUGCAAGAUCUCAACGAAAUCCGAGUCGCCAAGCUGAACUCGAUCUGGUCGCUCGCAGCACAACUGGAAAAGUCUUACCUUUCUAACAGCAUGGGACAUAUGUCAACCCUUUUGGCCGAAAUUCCUCGUAACACACCGCAUCUGGACUCGCUCAUGUUCCUUCGUCAUAACGUCACCCAGUCGCAAGAGCCGGCCGACAUGGUCUUUGAACCUAGUCCGAUCUGGCAUGAUGACGACGCGAUUAUUACCGACGAAUCCGCCAAGGUAUUCCUCCGCAAUCUCCUUGGUAAGAGCAAGACGCAAGUCCGGGAACUGCGAGUCGAGGCAGACAAAAAGAAGCGAGAAGUCGACACCGCUAAGAAGGUUAGGGUCAGCGUGCAACAGGGCAAGGAUACCCGCAAUGAGGUUGACGUUGUCCGUGCUAUAUUUUUCUUGCAAGAAGCCCUGCAUGAGGUGGACCGUAAGCGGUUGACAGUGGAGGUUGAAACUUCAACCGUUAUGUCUGUGGUAGGAGAUCUGUCCGUAGGCGCGAAGAACCAUAAUUUCCGAUCGCAGACUUUCAAGAUUCCAACCAACUGUGAUCUCUGUGGAGAACGUAUCUGGGGACUGUCUGCUAAAGGAUUCGACUGCCGGGAUUGUGGAUACACCUGUCACAGCAAGUGUGAAAUGAAAGUGCCCGCGGAAUGUCCAGGAGAGCAGAGCAAGGAAGACAAGAAGAAGCUGAAGGCAGAGCGUCAAGAGCACGCCAACGCCACACCAGCUCUUGACCUUGAGCCCAGUGGAUCUACAAGUACACCAUCUCUCACUCGACAAGAUACCAUGAAUUCUUUGAGUUCAGGAUUCGCAGCCAGCGCGAACCGAAGAAUGUCCAAUGCUACCCAGCCGGCAGCAGGAAGCCCAACAGAAGAUGCACCAACCCCGGUUGCUGAGACCAAGCCUACUACUGCAAAAAGGAACAGAAUUCUCGCUCCACCGCCUGCACAAUAUGUGGCUCCACCACCGACCGAAACCAAGCCUAGUCAGCCGAGAGGAAAGAUGCUAUACUCCUACCAGGCUGGUGGAGAGGAUGAGAUUGAUGUACAAGAGGGUGAUGAUUUGGUGAUUACCGAGCCAGACGAUGGUUCUGGGUGGUUGCGUGUGCGAGCUGGCCCACAUGAAGGUCUUGUUCCAGCCUCCUACGUCGAAGAAACCCCUACGCAAUCACCUAUCCCCUCCGCUAGUCCUGCGUUUCCAAACCGCCCUGAGUCGACAUACUCGACAUCGUCCGCAUCUGUGGCUGGCAGCGCGGCAGCCAAGCGCGUGGGACCAGCAGUUGCACCCCGACGAGGAGCCAAGAAAGUGCAAUAUGUAGAAGCAUUGUACGAAUACGACGCACGCAGUGACAUGGAAUGGAGCAUGGCCGAAGGCGAACGGUUCGUGUUGGUCAACCGGGAUGGUGGAGAUGGCUGGGCCGAUGUGGAAAGAGGCGGAGUCACCAAGAGUGUCCCUGCAGCCUAUAUUCAAGAGGUGUAGAGAUGCUAUGUAUAUUUUUUUGGUGUUCUGAUUCUUUCCUUCGGUUUAUAGUUUGCAUCAUUGGGGGAGCGUUUGGAGCGUAUCUUUUGCUUAGUUUACCUAUUCAUAGGACAUGUGCAUUACGCAUUUCAAUGUCGAAUCGGUUAUUUCAUCUCCUAUACAUGGUUUAUCAUAGAGUAUGAGCCGCUCAAUCCUAU